ACACAUGAUGAUGCAUGUGGGUACGGUCUUCCCCGAUGGCGUCGUCUUCUGUCUCAGUCAACACCAGUUUUUCUUAAAAUGUGAACUUGGAAGCGGAGUACUCUAUAUAUAUGUAGCGAGGGACAAUGUCAGUAAAGCAAGAACUCAAGGGAAGCACACUCCCAUUUGCAGGUUCUGCUCUCCCUCUUCCUCUCUGGCCCUGUGGACUCCAUUUGCCCGCCAUUUGCUUAUGACUGUUCUUGAAAGUCGCAAGGAACGGGGAGGGCCACGUUGGACGUGAUAAGACUUAAAUGGACUUUCUGAAUGACUCUGAUCUGAGUCUUUCUUCCAGUGAAUAAACCUUUGGCUAACUGACGGAAUACAAUGGCCUUCAAGCCACUGGAUUGGUACUGUCGACCUGUGGCGAAUGGGGUUUGGGCUAGAACAGUGGAUAGCGCUUUCGGUGCAUACACGCCCUGUGCCAUUGAUUCUAUUGUCAUUUCCAUCUCAUAUUUGGUUCUUUUGAGCCUGUGCUGUUAUAGAAUAUGGUUAAUCAAGAAGAGCUUUAAGGUUCAGAGGUUCCGUUUGAGAUCAGCAUUCUAUAACUAUAUAUUGGGACUUCUGGCUAGUUAUUGUGCUGCGGAGCCUCUACUGAGACUUGUUAUGGAUAUCUCGAUUGUUUACUUCGACCAACAGACUGGCUUCAUGCCCUUUGAGGUUUGUUGCCAGAGAGUGGGAUUAUGCCUGCAGAGUAUAAGCGGACACGAAACUUAUUCUAACAAUUAUAUAUAUUUUUUGGUGGUUGCUUCGCUCAUAGAGGCAGUUGCUUGGUGCUCUAUGGUAAUUAUGAUUGUUUUGGAGAUGCGCGUUUACAUUCGAGAGUUUCGGUGGUACAUACGAUUUGGAGUAAUAUAUGUUCUGGUGGGAGAAACUGUGCUUCUCAAUCUAAUUCUCAAUAUGAGGAGUUUCUACAACGGAUCUGCACUCUACUUGUACAUCAGCAGCAUUAUUUGCCAGGUUUUAUUUGGAAUUCUGCUCUUCGUUUAUGUUCCGAAUCUCGAUUCCUAUCCUGGUUACACAAUUGUCCAAUCCGAGUCUCUCGAAGAAGCUGAAUAUGAAGCUCUGCCAGGAGAGGAGCAAAUUUGUCCUGAAAGGCGUGUCAACAUAUUCUCUAGGAUCUAUUUCAAUUGGAUGACUCCACUCAUGCAGAAAGGCUAUAAACGACCAAUUAAUGAAAAGGACGUCUGGAAGUUGGAUACUUGGGAUCGGACUGAUACAUUAAUAAAAAAGUUUCAUGAUGCCUGGGUUAAAGAAUCUAAGAGGCCCAAACCUUGGCUUUUAAGAGCUCUUAAUAACAGCCUUGGUGGGAGAUUUUGGUUGGGAGGCUGCUUUAAGAUUGGCAGUGAUCUUUCUCAGUUCGCAGGGCCUUUGCUGCUGAACCAUCUCUUGAAGUCAAUGCAACAAGGUGAUCCAGCAUGGAUUGGCUACUUCUAUGCCUUCGCAAUUUUUCUUGGUGUGUCAUUUGGCGUGCUUUGUGAAGCCCAAUAUUUUCAGAAUGCUAUGCGCGUUGGGUUUCGGCUGAGGUCAACCUUGGUAGCUGCAAUUUUCCGCAAAUCCCUAAGACUCACACACGAGGGUCGAAAGAAUUUUCAGUCUGGGAAGAUAACAAACAUGAUCACCACAGAUGCUAAUGCACUUCAGCAAAUAUGUCAGCAACUUCACAAUUUGUGGUCAGCUCCCUUCCGUAUCACCAUUGCAAUGGUUCUUUUGUACCAGCAAUUGGGUGUUGCCUCAUUACUUGGGUCGCUGAUGCUUGUUCUUAUGAUCCCUGUACAGACACUCAUCCUUAGCAAGAUGCGGAAAUUGACAAAGGAAGGGCUGCAAUGGACAGACAAGAGAGUCAGCCUCAUGAAUGAAAUUUUGGCUGCAAUGGACACAGUGAAAUGUUAUGCAUGGGAAAAGAGCUUUCAAUCUAGAGUCCAAGAUAUUCGGAAUGAUGAACUUUCUUGGUUCCGCCGGGCACAAUUAUUAUCUGCUUUCAACAGCUUCAUACUGAACAGCAUUCCAGUAGUCGUGACUGUUGUCUCAUUCGGGACAUUUACUUUGCUCGGUGGAGACUUGACACCAGCAAGAGCAUUCACAUCGCUCUCUCUUUUUGCAGUUCUACGAUUCCCUUUGAACAUGCUUCCCAAUUUAAUGUCUCAGGUCGUAACUGCAAAUGUAUCAGUACAGCGCAUGGAGGAACUAUUUUUAACUGAAGAGAGAAUUCUUGUUCCAAACCCACCUCUUGAGAUGGGCCUGCCUUCUAUUUCCAUUGAAAAUGGGGACUUCUCAUGGGAUUCGAAGGCAGAGAAGCCUACCCUCUCUAAUAUCAAUCUAGAGAUACCAGUUGGGAGCUUAGUUGCUAUAGUUGGUGGUACUGGAGAAGGAAAGACGUCUCUCAUAUCAGCAAUGCUUGGCGAGCUCCCCGCUGUUGCUGACAACACGCGUGUUACUAUAAGAGGGACUGUUGCUUAUGUCCCUCAAGUUUCUUGGAUCUUCAAUGCAACGGUGCGCGGAAACAUAUUGUUUGGAUCAGACUUUGUAGCUGAAAAAUACUGGAAGGCAGUCGAAGUUACUGCUUUACAACAUGAUCUCGACUUACUUCCUGGCCGUGAUCUUACAGAGAUUGGUGAAAGGGGUGUGAAUAUCAGCGGUGGGCAAAAGCAAAGAGUUUCCAUGGCUCGUGCUGUUUAUUCUGAUUCAGAUGUUUAUAUCUUUGAUGAUCCAUUAAGUGCUCUUGAUGCCCAUGUUGCUCGACAGGUGUUCAACAGCUGUAUGAAGGAAAAGCUGCAAGGAAAAACUCGGGUCCUUGUCACGAACCAACUACAUUUUCUCCCUCAAGUUGAUCGAAUAAUUCUCAUAAGUGAAGGAACAGUGAAGGAGGAUGGAACUUUUGAGGAGCUCUCAAAAAAUGGAGUAUUGUUCAAGAAACUCAUGGAGAAUGCAGGGAAAAUGGAGGAGGAAGUGGAAGAUGAAAAAGAUGACCAAAUCAGUGAAGAGAAAUCUCUGAAAACAUCAAUUGAAAAUGAGGUUGCAGAACAGCCAAAAAAUGCAGGAUAUGGGAAGAAGGGGAAAGGAGGGAAAUCAGUGCUAAUAAAGAAAGAGGAACGGGAAACUGGAGUUGUCAGUUGGAAUGUCCUGAUGAGGUACAAAAAUGCAGUUGGAGGCUUAUGGGUAGUUGCAGUACUGUUUACAUGCUAUGUUCUAACAGAAGUUCUUCGAGUUUCUAGUAGCACAUGGUUGAGUUUCUGGACAGAUCAAAGCAAAUCAGAGAAUUAUAGACCUACAAAAUAUAUAAUUGUUUAUGCUCUUCUCUCUUCCGGUCAGGUCACUGUGACUCUCACAAAUUCAUAUUGGUUAAUAAUUUCAAGUCUCCGGGCUGCCAGAAGACUUCAUGACUCUAUGCUCCAGGCGAUAUUAAGGGCUCCGAUGCUCUUCUUCCACACAAAUCCCACUGGACGAUUAAUCAACAGGUUCGCAAAGGAUCUUGGAGAUAUAGAUCGAAAUGUCGCUAAUUUCAUGAAUAUGUUUCUAGGACAAGUGUGGCAGCUUCUUUCAACUUUCGUGCUUAUAGGAAUCGUGAGCACGAUUUCCCUUUGGGCAAUAAUGCCGUCGCUGAUCCUAUUCUAUGCAGCUUAUCUGUAUUACCAGACCACAUCCCGGGAAGUGAAACGCCUGGAUUCCAUCACUCGGUCACCAGUGUAUGCACAGUUCGGGGAAGCUCUCAACGGGUUAUCCAGCAUUCGUGCAUAUAAAGCCCAUGACCGGAUGGCUGACAUCAGUGGGAAGGCCAUGGACUACAACAUUCAAUUCACUCUCGUGAAUAUAAGCUCGAAUCGGUGGCUCACGAUAAGGCUGGAAACAUUAGGAGGCAUGAUGAUUUGGCUCACAGCAACCUUUGCUGUCAUGCAGACCCAGAAUGCUGAGAACCAGGCUAUUUUUGCUUCCACAAUGGGCUUACUGCUGAGCUACACUUUGAAUAUCACGAACCUCAUGAGUGGAGUCCUAAGACAGGCGAGUCGGGCUGAAAAUAGCUUAAAUGCUGUCGAGAGAGUUGGGACCUAUAUUGAUUUGCCCUCUGAGGCUCCAGCAGUAAUCGAGGGGAAUCGCCCACCACCAGGUUGGCCUUCAUCAGGAUUGAUUAAAUUUGAGGAUGUUGUGUUGCGUUACAGGCCCGAGCUUCCUCCCGUAUUGCAUGGGAUAUCGUUUGAUAUAUCUCCACGUGAGAAAGUAGGGAUAGUCGGCAGGACAGGUGCAGGGAAAUCUAGCAUGUUGAAUGCUCUCUUUCGGAUCGUAGAAAUGGAAAAGGGGAGGAUUUUAAUUGAUGGUUGUGAUGUUGCGAAAUUUGGAUUGAUGGAUUUGCGGAAAGUUCUCAGCAUUAUUCCGCAGUCACCUGUUCUUUUCUCAGGAACUGUGAGAUUCAAUCUCGAUCCUUUCAAUGAGCACAGUGAUGCUGACCUUUGGGAGGCACUGGAAAGGGCACAUCUGAAGGAUGUUAUCAGGAGGACCUCAUUUGGUCUCGAUGCUGAGGUUUCGGAGGGCGGAGAGAACUUCAGUGUGGGGCAGAGGCAAUUGUUGAGUCUUGCCAGAGCAUUGCUCAGGAGGUCGAAGAUUCUUGUGCUGGAUGAAGCAACUGCAGCCGUUGAUGUCAGAACUGACGCUCUUAUUCAGAAAACAAUCCGCGAAGAGUUCAACUCCUGCACAAUGCUCACUAUAGCCCACAGACUAAACACGAUCAUCGACAGUGACCGAAUUCUAGUGCUUGAUGCUGGAAAAGUCUUAGAACAUGACACCCCAGAGAAGCUGCUACAAAAUGAGGCAAGUGCCUUCUCUAAGAUGGUCCAGAGCACGGGACCUGCUAAUGCUCAAUACUUGCGCAACCUAGUACUCCAGAUGAAAGAGGCCAAAGAGACGAACCAUUUGGCUGGGAAUAAGCAGUUGUUGGCUUCUUCCAGGUGGGCUGCCGCCACUAAUCUCGCCCUAGCAAUCAGCCUCUCUUCAUCGAGGAGUGAACUCGAGAGGUUGAAUUUCGAGAAUGGUGAUAAAAAUAUCCUGAAGCAGACGACGGAUGCAGUGAUAACACUGCAGGGAGUUCUGGAGGGAAAGCACAAUGAAGAUAUAGAUAACACGCUGUAUCAGUACCAAUUGCCCAGAGAUAGAUGGUGGUCGGCUCUCUACAGAAUAAUCGAAGGUUUUGCAGUGAUGAGCGGAUUGAAUAAUAGCCGGUUUCAACGAUUAGACUAUGAGUCCGCAGAAAACUUGUACGAUUGGGAAGUUGAUAAUAUCUAAAGGGUUCAUGACAGCCCCAACUCUACUUUCGGAGAGACCGAGAUUGCUGAUGCAGAAAUAUGAUCACAAUCUGGAUGUCACUGCCAGAUCAAACAGGAUAGAGCAUAGCUUAGGACUUAAUAUUCGCUGUGAGCAGAACUUCAAAUUUUAAUCCGCCUACUUGUUCAGGCCAAGUGUUGAAUUGUAUAAAUGUAUGGGGCAAAAGGUGCUCAACUCUAUAAGCUAUAAGGGUUAGAGAAGCAAAUGUAUUUCAGCUAAUUUCUACAAAGUAAAUUAAAAAUAUAUUCUCUGUAGAGAUAA